GUCUCAAGGUCGCCCCGCCCCAUCUAUACGUAGAGUAUGCGAUAUUAUGCAUACUCGACAGGCAUCAAAUCCUGACCAUCGAACUCGCUCAAGGAUUUUCUUCCUGUGGAAGUACGUACAGAGGCUCGGUCCAUGUCGUGACAAUUACCAUCGUGGCGGAGACGCAUCCUUCCUCGAACCACCUGAACAUCAGGUUCUGGAACUUUCAUUUUCGUCCGCCUCAGGGUUGCAUCGCAUGAUUUCCGAGUUGAUGGAGUACAAGGCUGGAUGCACGUGGUUAACACACUGCACAAAACGAGGCGUUGCCGUCCCGACCAAACCUAUGGUUUCAACCUCUGUUACGUUUGCUGCCACAGCAACGUUCUCAAACAAGAUUGCGCUGAUAAUGUACCUCGUAGCAAUAUGGCCAUUUCGGUAUACCGAACAUUCAUCCGCCUUGUGUUCUGUGGAUCAGUCAUGCCGGCCAUAGACGAGUCGAAUGGGGGCCGCGGAAGUAAUCAGCGGUGCACAGAGCUGGCCAGCCCUCCUGCUUGGUCGUUCUCCUUGGUCCGCUGUGCCAAUGCGAGGUGGCAAACCAUCAUAGCAUUUUCAAGUAGUCGGAGAUCUACUCCGUAAUAGAUCCAACAUUCGCAAUUAUAUGGAGAAUAGUAAUAGUCCCGAGCGUAAGUAAGGGCAAGG